UUCAUGCCCCGUGUCUUUAUUCUUCCUCACUCUUUACAUUUUUCUACAUGAACCUGCUUCAUCCUUUGCAGGCAGCCCGUCUGUUAGUGUUGACACCGCUUCGGCUUCCUCCAGUGGACUGCCGAGGGUCCACUCAACUCACGGUCAACACUUCAUCUCCCGUUAAGUAGGAUUUACAGCUGAAAGAACCGCUGAUCAGCUGCCUUUUCCUCUAAUCCAUAUAUCGGCCCACAGCUUUUCUGUACUGUUUGUGUGCUACUCAUACUCGUCUGACUGACACAGGUGGCGGCGCUGAAGGCACUCGGCGAUACAUUUGGACGAAAGAGCGAACUGGUUGUGAACUGCCGAGUGACAGCAACUUCCCGUUUAACGUUAUGACUGCGUAGUUGUUACUCGAAAGUACAUACAUUGGACAGCCACGGUUGCCAAUCAUCCGAGAACCUCGCUCUUCAUCAGACGGCCACGCACCAUGGCGAAGAAGAUAAAGGCGGGGACAAGCGGGGAGGCCGCGCAGUACAUGACUCGGGGCCAAGCCUUGAAGAAAUUGCAGCUGCCUCUCGCGGGUUUUCGGAGACUCUGCAUCUUGAAAGGCAUCUAUCCUCGGGACCCAAAGAAGAAGAAAAAGGGAAAGGAUAAAAUCUACUACCACACGAAAGACGUUCUCCACAUAGCUCACGAGCCGUUAUUGGACACCUUCAGACAAAUCAAAGCUACAGACAAGAAGGUUCGCCGCGCACUGGGAAGGAAGGAGAAGCAGUUGGCAAAGAGAUACGCUCGAUCGAAGCCAGCCGUUAGGCUCCAUCACAUUGUUCGCGAACGAUUUCCCACGCUCAGUGACGCUGUGGCGGAUCUGGACGAUGCUCUCAGCACUAUUUGCAUUUUCGCAAUGCUGCCAGCGGAGAACAGUCGGGGAGUAAAUGCGGAGUAUUGUGUGAAGGCAGGACAACUGCUCGAUGAGUUUUUGGUCGUCGCGACGCAGCAACGCGCUCUCCGUCGUGUUUUCGCGUCUAUCAAGGGCUAUUACUUUGAGGUCCAAUUUCUUGGACACGCAGUCACCUUUUUGAUGCCGCACCAGUUCAAACAAGAACUUCCAGACGAAGUCGACUUCCGUGUCUUGUCAACAUUCUUCGAGCUGUACUCCACAACUUUGCAUCUAGUGGUUUUCAAGCUCUUUCUUCUGGCGGGCCUCGCAUAUCCUCCGACGGCGACGAAACGGGAAUCCGUUCGAAGGAGACGACGCAUCCAGAAGAACGAAGAGGCUGCAGUUAAAGCUCUUGCAGCGGGUCGAGUCCCCCGUCAGCAAGAGGGAUUCCACGGAGAUGGACCCUGGGGACUGGCCGGAUGGCGGUUCCCAAUUCUACAAGCCAGGCGAAUCCAGAAUGCACAACGGAGAGACUUCGAGGAGAAUUUGGAAAAGACGAGUGCAGGGAAGAGCAAGGAAGAAUCAGUUGUGGGGGGUGCAGGCGAAACGAAGGGGCAGAACAGUGAGAGCGAGCCAACAGGGCGCAGCAAGAGUGAAGAGGACGAAACGGAAGAAGACAGCGAGCCUACCGACGAGGCAGAAAGUGAUGACGAGGAACUGGAGGAGGAAGCUCAGCAUGGUAGUGACAGCGAGGGCGAAGGCGAAGAAGAGGUGGACGGAGAAGAUGGUGAUGAAGAAGGGGCGGAUGAAGAAGAAGACACUGAGGAGGCGGAAUCAACUGAGGAAAGCAGCGAAAAGAAGCAUAAAAAAGUGCGUGAAGAGGGAGAAGCGGACGUUCGUGGAAAGGUUGCAGGAAAAAAGGAACCGGCUGAAGCAGAUCACGGAGACGGGACGGCGUCGGCAUGCGGCGUCCACCCACAUCCCGUACAGCAACUGUUCGACGGCUGCGUCAUCUUCCUAGGCAGAGAGGUGCCUCUUCUGCCAUUUUCUUUCAUGAUUCGAAGCUGCGGAGGGAAGGUCGGCUGGCAAGGCCCGGAGUCGCCGUUUUCGGAAGACCACGCGGACAUUACCCAUCAUGUUGUUGAUCGUCCUCUCGAAUGCUUUUUGCGAGUAGAGAACAGUCAACGCGACUACGUGCAGCCGCAGUGGGUCAUGGACAGCAUCAACACAGGAAUUCAGUUGCCGAUUCACCUCUAUGCCCCUGGGAAGACUUUACCUCCUCAUCUCUCGCCGUUCGUGGAUGACAGGAAAGAAGGCUACGUGCCGAAACAACGAGACGUCCUCGACCGGCUUGUUGCAGAGCGCAAGGGUGUCGCUGCGGUCGGCCUUGGAUCAGAUACAACUCGAGGUCUCGAUGGAUAUGAUGGCGACGAUUCACCAGGAGACGAGGAAGCAGGGGAGAAAGAGCGUGCGUUCCAAAUCGAGGUUGAACGGGAGGCGCAGACCAACUCUGUGGAAGAGGGCCCGGAGGAGUCGACGGAUGCGAGUUCUUCAACGAAGCGGCCAAGAGAUGCCAUCGAAGCCUCGGCGGAGGAGCAGACUUCCACGUCGCGUGCAGUCAACAUGACCGGGAGAGCGCGCCGUGAGCAAGAUGAGCUGGACGCGAGGAAAUCACUCCUCCGGAAGAAACACAAAAGACUCCUCGAGAGAAUAGAGCACGGGGUGCGACGGAAGCAAGAAGCUACGGCCAAGCUGCAGGCAAAGCGAGAUGCAAUUGAACGUCGAGAGGAAUUGUCAGAGGGAGCGUGAGUUCCGUUGAGCAGCCUACGUGCGUCAUGUGCGGAGCGGCGCCAUCAAGAAAUCGGACUGUGUAUGUCUGGGCUUCGGCAUUUCUAUGAGGUACGCGCUUGCGUGCUCAAAAGUGUGCGUUUCUCUUUACGGAUGGAGACUAGUGGUUUUACAGGUGCGACGGGUGACUGAACAGUGGGGCGGUGGUCAGGUACUAUGAGACGCUCUAACUCUAACAUCAGUUUUAAAAUGUAUGCGGUGAUCGACCACCCUUCAUCAAAGACCUUGGCACUCCACUGGAUUGGUUUGGAGAAGUGUCGAGAGCCAUGUACAACUUCAAACACUCGUGCCCUGCUUCUAGGUGUUAGUCCGAAGAGGAAUGACCGAUGCGUGAUCCCGUGCGUAGUCCUGUGGUUUUCCUGCGAGGAGGCAAACUGCGUGGCUAAUAGGUGAAAGACAGGAAACACUUCGAAUAAAGUUAGAGAGAAUUCACCUAUCAU